AUGUUUGGAACGUUUGCAGCCGAACGCAAAGAUGAUCCGCCAGUUUAUGGUCUUGUACACAAUGAAAACACCUUCAACCAGAUCUAUCUCCAGGCUCAUGUUCUUUGGGAUAUGAUCUACUUCAAAGGACAAAUGAAGGAUGAAAAGGGACAACCACUAUUUCCAGGAAUAGUCAACAAGAUCAAAGCAGCACUUUAUCCUCCUGGAUGGUUCCCCGGCGUGCCCGUGAGGCCAUUUUUCCAUUGGCUUAGCCUGGUUGAUACCGCCUACGGAGUUCCAGAGCCGGAAAAACCUGUAGUCAAGUAUAAUCCUCCACUGAAAUGUACAGUGAAGUUAUAUAUUCUUGGACACUUCAUACUACUCCUGGCAAUCUUCCUUCAUUUCGAGUACGACCGUUUACGUCUAGAUUACAUAGAUUUCACGCUGAAAAUCGCCUUCUUCCUCAUCACUAUGCAAACAUUCAGCGCUUUCUUCGACAAACAGUGGUAUGCCCCAUCGUUGGAGAUUUCGCGUUGUGUCGGAGUUGUAGUCUUUUUGUCUCUCAAAUUGACGGACAAAAUCGGCGUGGGCCCCCAUCGUCUGUUUAUGAUUGGUGUAUUUGUCUGUUCAGCGUUGCUUUGGAUAGGAUGUUGUAUUAAAGAGGUUAGUUGGCUUUCUAUGCAGAAAAAGAGGAUAGAUUUUAUCAAAGCUGACUAA